GCCGCGGUGCUCUUGUAGCCGAGUUUGAGUCGCAGUCGCCCGGCGUCUCCAACUCCGCGCUCCCCCCCACCCCCCUCCCUGCCUCGGUGCUCUGACUUCUUGUUUUAUCGGCUCCGCAGACGCCAGCUGUCCUUCAAACGGGACACUUUCCAGAGGAUAACGUCACUUGAAAACAGUUUUUCUGAGUUUCGUUUCGCCGUUUACGCCGGGGAGACUUGAGCCGCAGCAGCGCCGGUGACCAUGAGCGGACGCGGGGACGAGGCCGCGGAGAGCUCCGGCUCCCAGGAGCCCGCUGCAGCAGGGGCCGGCGAGCCGCAGAAGAGGAGGCCGGGGAGACCGAGGAAACCCCAGAAGGAGCCCACUGGAGAGCCUGUCCCCAAGCGACCGAGGGGCCGCCCCAAAGGAAGCAAGAACAAGGGCCCCUCCAAGGCAGCACAGAAGAAAGCGGAAGCCACGGGGGAGAAAAGACCCAGAGGGCGACCGAGGAAAUGGCCACAGCAAGUUGUCCAGAAAAAGCCUGCUCAGGAAGAAGAAGAGGAAGAAGAGGCCGGCGAGUCCCCAGAGGAGGAUUAA